CUCCCCGGAUUCAGUCCGCGGUUUGUGGGGUUAAACACCGAGCAGAGGAGCUGAUCCUCCCCGGAUUCAGUCCGCGGUUUGUGGGGUUAAACACCGAGCAGAGGAGCUGAUCCUCCCCGGAUUCAGACUUCGGUUUGUGGGCGUUUCCUGGUCAGAAUGUUGACUUUCUGCAGCAGAUCUGUGGUGGGAAUGGCCAAAAAAUGCGCCUUCGGGAGGCCCCGCCACCUGGUGAAGCCCGUCUCAGCGACCCGGGUGGCAGGCAGGUACCUGACCCAUCAGAAGGGGCUGCCCAGUCUGCCUGUGCCCCCCCUGCAGCAGACCUGUGAGCGUUACAUCACGGCCCUGGAGCCCAUCGUGGAGGCCGAGGAGCUGAGCCUCACCAGGCGGCUGGUCCAGGACUUCCAGGAGGCCGGAGGAGUCGGAGAGCGUCUGCAGAGAGGCCUGGAGAAGCGGGCGAGCCGGACGGAGAACUGGCUGUCCCAGUGGUGGGUUCAGGUGGCCUACCUGGAGUACCGGCUGCCUGUGGUGGUCCAUUCCAGUCCGGGUCUGGUUCUGCCCAGGAUGGACUUCAGGGAUAAAGACGGACAGAUCAGGUUUGCUUCCAAACUGAUCGCAGGAGCUUUAGACUUUAAGACGAUGAUCGACAAUGAAACACUUCCAGUGGAGUACCUGGGAGGGAAGCCUCUGUGUAUGAACCAGUACUACGAGGUUCUGUCGUCCUGCAGAAUCCCCGGGUUGAAGAGGGACUCUGUGGUGAACCACGCCAAGAGCCCUCGGCCCCCCAGACACAUCACCGUGGUCCACAACUUCCAGUUCUUCCAGUUGGACGUGUACCAGAGGGACGGGACUCCACUGACUGUAGAUCAGCUCUGUGUUCAGCUGGAGAAGAUCUGCAGAGCCUCACAGGAGACCAACAGCGAACCUGUGGGCAUCCUCACCACCCAGCAUCGAGACGUCUGGGGAAAAGCUUACGUCAACCUCAUCAAAGAUAAGACCAACAAAGAUUCGGUCUCGGCGAUCCAGAGGAGCAUCUUCACGCUGUGUCUGGAUGGAGUCACGUCCGAGGCGGCCGGUGAGCUUUACCGCAGCUCUGCCGCCGUCCAGAUGCUGCAUGGAGGAGGCAGCCGGGGCUACAGUGGAAACCGCUGGUUCGACAAGACGCUGCAGUUCAUUGUUGGAGAAGAUGGAACCUGUGGAGUGAACUAUGAGCACGCUCCUGCUGAGGGCCCCCCCAUCGUGGCGCUGAUCGACCAUGUGGUGGAGUUCACGAGGAAGCCUGAGGCACCCGGAGCUCCUGCUGGGUCUCUUCCCGUCCCUCAAAGACUUCCCUUCAACGUCACGGCUGAGAUCAAGCAGGACAUCGAGGAGGCAAAGCUCAGCAUGAACAGGCUGGCCCAGGACCUGGACAUGAGGGUGACGGUGUUCGGACACUUUGGGAAGAACGUCCCUAAAGCUCACAAGAUGAGUCCGGAUGCUUUUAUACAGAUCGCCCUGCAGCUGGCCUACUACAGGAAGUACCGGCGCUGCUGCGCUACGUAUGAAAGCGCCUCUCUGAGAAUGUUCCGACUGGGUCGCACCGAUACGAUCCGAUCCGCCUCAAACGCCUCAGCCGCCUUCGUUAAGGCCUUCGAUGAUCCCAGCAAACAGAACCAGGAGAAACUGGACCUAAUGGAGAAAGCUGUGAAGGCGCACCGAUCCUACACCAACAUGGCAGUCGGUGGGCAGGCCAUCGACAGACACCUGCUGGGUCUGAAGCUUCAGGCUGCUGAGGAGAAACUUCCUGUUCCUGCCAUCUUCAAGGAUCCUUCCUAUUCUAAAGCUCUUCACUACCACCUGUCCACCAGCCAGGUCCCGUCAAAGACCGACUGCGUCAUGUGUUUCGGUCCGGUGGUACCAGACGGUUACGGCGUCUGCUACAACCCCAUGGAGGACCACAUCAACUUCGCCGUGUCGUCGUUCAACAGCUGCAGGGAAACGGAUGCGGGAAGUCUGGCGGCGGCGGUGGAGGACGCUCUGCUGGACAUGAGGAGGCUGCUGGAGCAAACCCCCCGAUCCAAACUGUGAAAUCCACCACAGACGUCUCCAGGUCCUGAAGGAGGAUACAGAUUCUCUACCUCUAAUCACCUUAUUGAUCAACACUGAGCACUUUAAGGUCCUGUGAUCCUGCUGGGAGGUUCUGCUCCAGAUUCAUCCCAUGAUUUUAGCUCAACAGAAACAUCCGCUGGAGAAAAACAAUUAUUGAUUCAUUUUCUGAUUGUUUGAAUAAAAGUUUGAAUGAAACAUUGAAAAUUAGCAAAAACAAUCAGAUCCUGUGGAUAAAAUUUUCGGGACUGUUGGUCCAUAAACAUUUCUGAACUUUUUUUUUCUUUUUAGAUUUUCUGUUUUUAAGUCAUGAUUUUACUUUUAAAGAAGUUUAGAUGUUUCUAAACUUUAAUCUGUUUACCUGAAGCCUCAGU